GGUCAGAUUUUGGGGAGCAUACGCCCUGUUGGUUGAGUCCGGACGGAUGUCAUCCAUGAAGCUCCUGACGUCCGUCCGUGGCGGUCUCCAUGGCCACAAAGCAUUAUGCCCUGCAUGUCCUGGGGAGACUCCUCGCUCUCGUGGCAACCUUUCGAGCCUCGAGCCUCAGCGAUCUUGACUUCUCGCAGUCAUGCCUAUGUCAAGGGAGACGGUCGCAAUUGCUACUGCAGUUGUCUUGCUCGCCGUGUCAACUACGUUCGUCUGUUUUCGUCUUGCUAUUCGUUUUUUCAUGGUACGGGCACCCGGGAAGGAUGACCUCUUCUGCUUUGUUGCUAUGGUGUUUAAUGUUCUCGAAACAAUAUCAAUGUUUUAUGAGAUUAAAUUCGGCGGUGGCAAACACAUCUGGCAGCUUUCCCCAGAUGAUAUUCGCAGCCAGCUUUUGGCAGUUUUCAUUAGUCAACCUCCGUACAUCCUGUGCCUUGCAUUCGUCAAGUUCUCAAUCCUUUGCCAGUACCGUAGAGUCUUCUCAUCAUUCGUUCGGCGGAUAUGUCUCGCCAUGCAGGUUUUUGUUGGUGUCUUCACUAUCGUAUUCUGCUUCCUUUUCGCAUUUCAAUGCACUCCGGUUAAAGGAUUCUGGGAUGUUAACGCCCGCCAGCACUGCUAUGAUCUCGGCACGGUCCAAUUUAUCUUCGUCGGUAUGAACGUCGCUACAGAUCUCGUGCUGCUCGCCAUUCCAAUGCCAAUUUUCAGAAGUAUGAAACUCAGGAAAGCUGAAAAGCGGAGUCUGAUCAUUAUCUUCGCCCUAGGUGGCUUCUCAGCAGUCACUUGUCUCCUGCGCAUACCAUACAUCAUUCUAUCCACUAAAUCCUUGGAUUCAACCUACCAAAGCUACGGGCUCAUCAUCUGGUCUCGGGUCGAGUUGAGUGUCGCGAUUUUCUGCGCCUGUCUCCCAGCCCUGCGUAUACCACUCGCGCGCUGGUUCCCGAAGGUAUGGCGUCGGUCCUCUGAAAUCCUCUCAUCCCGCACCCAUCGCUCUACAUACGGAGGAGGCACGACGCUGAACAACACGACUUUCAAUACUGGCUCAACUCCCGAGAUGUCUGAAGAGGACGACUUCGACCUUAGCGGCCUCAGCAAACUGAAACGAGCGAACCACUGCCGAGUUCGAAGCGACGAGCACGAACGAGAGGACCUGAACGUCAUCGUAGGAGGAAAUCGCCAAUCCGAUUAUUUCAACGGAGCGAUUCAUCCAACGCCUCCGGAUAGCCUAAUAAGUGUUGAAUCGAUACACAUCUUCACAGUCAUAGAGCAAAGAAUAGAAACGAGAGAGAGCCGGCCCACAUCAGAUGAAUCGAAGGGCGUUCCAAUGGGAUGGAGCGAGCCAGGCAACCGGAGUACAAGCAGAAAGCCCGGGUCGACGAGGUCGCCCAUCUUUAGGCAGCGGAGUAGCCCAGCAAUACCACAAGCAAUUGCGUCCAAGUGGAACGAAAACCGACGGAGCUCGAGCUCUAUGGCGUGCAUGGAUGAGGGCGAUAUGUGGUGGAAGCAGGAGAAGAGGGAGUUGUUUCUCAACGCAUGGGCGCUCUACAUCAACUCCGCAUUCGGCCUCAGCAGCUCUGACGAUUUGACUCCCCUCUCUGAACCACCGUCCACGUACCACCCGACAACAAUAUCUUGGCAAUACCCGCAGCCGAGACGGAGAUCACGGAGAUAUUCUAUGUGUAGUGGAGAUGGGCCUACACCAUAAUGUAUCAAUGAUGAAUGCAUACUUGAGGUCAUCUACGGCUUGUGAGGUUCGAGAACAAAUGAUGCUUGGAUACUUUUCCUUUUUGGUGAAGGACAAAAAGCUCGGCUCACUGUACGCCAGAUGGGUGCUAGCAACCUCGGGUUUCGCCUACUUAUAAAAUGCGUGCGAGGACUGAUUUGCUCGUCAGGGAAAGCUCCUCGGGUUCGGUUCGGAACCAAAUCGAUGGGUCGAAUGGCUGUAUGGCUUCUGCC